AGAAACAGAAACCAAACUAGGGUUCAUUUAUUGACUUUUGAAACCUGGAGGAGAAAAGAGUGGCUGUGUGGCUUCUCAAUUGUUAGCACUUUUCAAGAGUAACAACUUCAAUCGCAGGUUAAUAAUAUCAACAUACAAAGUAAGGAAAAGUUGAAUACAUUCUAGUGUAUUGUUAAAGUCAUUAAAAGUUUGAGCACAACCAUGGAAGCUCCAAUGCAAUGUUAUAUUUCCCAAAAAGAAAUUGUAAAAGAGCAUAUAUCUGAAGCACCUCAUCUUAAUCGCAAUUGGUAUUUCAGCAGAAAAGAGAUAGAACACCAUACUCCAUCAAGAUCUGAUGGCAUUGAUUACAAACAUGAGCAACAUCUGAGAAAGCUAUACUGCUCUUUUCUUCAAGAGCUUGGCAUAGAGCUUAAAGUACCUCAGGUGACAAUAGCUACAGCAAUGAUGUUUUGUCAUCGAUUUUACAUGCGACAUUCUCAUGAAAAGAAUGAUUGGCAGACAGUUGCAACUGUAUGCAUGUUUCUUGCAUGCAAAGCUGAAGAAACACCAAGGUGGUUAGGUGAACUUGCUGUGGUUGCUUAUAAGUUAAUAUACAAAUGGGAUCCUUCAGCCUCAAGGAGAAUUCGGGAGAUAUACGAUAAGCAAAAGGAUCUAAUUUUAAUUGGGGAAAGACUUCUAUUGAUUACUAUUGCUUUUGAUCUAAAUAUAGAGCAUCCAUACAAGUCUCUUGUUGCUGCUCUUAAGAGAUUAUCUAUUACAGACAAGGAGCUUGUAAAAGUCGCAUGGAAUUUUGUCAAUGAUUGGCUUCGUACCUCACUGUGUUUGCAACACAAACCCCAUUACAUAGCUGCUGGCUCUUUAUUUCUUGCUGCCAAGGUUAAAAAGGUAAAAUUGCCAACAGCAAAAGGGAAGGCUUGGUGGAUGGAGUUUGAUGUUUCACCUAAACAGUUAGAAGGUGUGAUCCAACAAAUGAUGAGUUUAUGGGAACAGAGUCAGAGUCAAACUGUAACAUUAUCCGGAUCUGAAAUCAGCAAAUCAACAACUUAUAGUCCAGAAUCAGCAACAAAAUCUAAUUAUGUUAAAAAACAGGUUUUUGAGGAUUCCUAUGAUACGAUAAAUUGUGUUGAUAAAACAAGUGAUACUGGUAGUGGAGUUAGUGUUGUUGAGGAUGGUGAACCUGUUGCUAUAAAGUCUGAUUUAAGUUCAGGUUGUAAGAUAGGUGGCAAUAAUAGCCAGGUGGAUGUGGAUCGAAUUAGAGAAAAGAUCAAGAAAAGAAAUUCUAUAAAAACUAUGAAAAGAAAAUGUGUGGAAGAAGACAUGGAUGGUGAUGAAUGGAUAGAAAGGGAAUUGGAGGAUGGAAUUGUGUUGGAAUCACCGAUUCCGGGGAAUUGAAGUUUGGUGGGAUUGGGAUUUUAUCAUUUUGUAAGUAUUGUAACAUGAAUAUUUAAAGUGAGAAGCAAAAAACAAAGAUGGUAGAGAUUUUUUUGAAUAGGUUGAUUAGAUUUCAUGGUCGGGUGGGUGUCACGAGACAUAUGGUCUACAAUGAUAUGAUAUGUUGUGUAUGAGUAAUGAGUGAGAGUGAGUACCAUUUUUUCAUCAUUUUUGCUUUCUUGCUUUUCUUUAAACACUUGUGAUUCUUCUUUUAAAUCCCAUGAGUGUAAAUUGGCCCAA